CUCCACCCAGUAGAAAACAGAUAAUUCACAAACCUCAGAAGGCUACAGCAGUGGGUGUAUUAAGUUAAGUUGCUCUGAGACGUCUGCUCAGAUUGAAAUCUGCCCUGCACUUGUCUUCAGCGAGCUUAUCAUAAAGAAUAAGAAACGGUCUCAAAUUUGUGAAGAGCAAAAUGACUCAGAAAUGUGUACAGUUUCUCAAGUAUACCCUCUUUGCAUUCAACUUAAUCUUCUGGGUCUGUGGAGGUCUCAUCCUGGGCCUUGGAAUAUACCUCAUGAUGCAGGACUACAUAGUUGGACUCUUCCCUAGCGUUCCGUUCUUGUCCAUCUCCAACACUCUGAUCAUAGUUGGCACCAUUAUCAUGGUAGUGUCAUUUCUUGGAUGCCUCGGGUCCCUGAAGGAGAAUAAAUGUCUUCUUUGCUCAUUCUUCAUUUUGCUGUUACUCCUGCUUAUAACAGAGGUGUCAGUUGCUGUUGUUCUCUUGGUUAAAGAAUCUGAGAUUGAGGAACAUAUUACUAAUGAACUGAAGAUGAGCUUGUCUCAGUAUCAAAACAGCACAUCCAAAACCUGGGAUGAAGUCCAGAAAAGAAUGGAAUGCUGUGGCAUAACUUCCUCAAGUGACUGGAAUUCUAAUGUACCGGAUUCCUGCUGUAAGACUGAAAAUUGUCUUGUUUCAAACACUGAUAAUUUAUGGAAAGAGGGCUGCCUUGAGAAAAUGAAAAAAUGGUUUGAAAAAAAUUAUCUGAAUGUGGGAAUUGGCAUCAUCUGUAUAUCUAUUGUUCAGGUGCUCGGAAUGUCGUUUGCAAUAACCCUCUACUGUCAUAUCUCCAAAUCUGGCAUGUCUUUCCCAUGAACUAAGGUCCAAAUAAGGGAAGAAGAAGAAUGGACUUUUCUUUGCUCAUCUGGCUGCUCCUUAUUCCUCAAUUUUGCAAGUAAAUCGGCAGCACUGACAACUCCUUUGAACAGCAAUCUUUACCUUGAUAUUAUGGGCUAAUGGACACCUGUAUGAUAUUUAACAGCAUAUUAUUGGUCAGAUUGACUUACAGAUGGUCUGGGACCCUGCAAGUUCAUAUAUUUGGUAGGACUGGUCCAAUAUUACAUGAAAUUAAAAUCUGCACUUUUAGAGUCUGUCAGACAGCAGACUUGUAGGAUUUCACUGUUCUGGGCGGUAUGUCUCACGUUGUAAAUAUAAGAUUCCUCUAUAGUGUUUUCUUUCCUCCAUGCCCGCUGUACUGCACUGAAAUUCUCACUUAUUCUCCUGCCUUCUCAAAGUCAAGAUGAAUUCUGUUAACCCUGAAGGGGAUAACACAAACUUUGAGGUAAAACAAAACAUAAAGUAAGACAAAAAGACGAAGGCCUGGUUAAAUGCAGCAUGUAUCACUUCAGGAACCCCUUCUUAUUAAAUGGCCAGACACAAAUGAUCUUAUAGCACUUAAACUUUCUGCGAAGAGUGCAAUUCAAAAAUAAGCUGAAAUCAAUUGAUCCCUUGUGCUCCCUGAUACAUUACUCUUCUUGUCCUGUCCAGAUCUGCUCGUUCUUUCCUAGCUGCAAUGGCUUUUACCACUGAAAAAGCUAGUCUUCUUAUUAGUGUUAGCGGUUUAUGAAAUGACUAAUGCUGUAAUAAGAACUCUCAUGGUAGGCAGUGUAAUUUAAAUAAACUAGAAAUCAGUCAAGUGCUCGGGGGUAUAGUUUUAAAAUGUGUGUAAUCCUUUUGGCAGGAAAUUAAAUGUUGAAGUGGUUAAAAGGAGAACUGCUCAUCAGUAUCAGUUUCAUUUCAACAAUGGCCAUUCCAGUCAGCAGGGUAUCUCAUCAUAGUUGUUCUUUUAUGGGUCAAGAGUUUAUUUAUUCAAUGACAUUUGAGGUCUGUACCUGAAAGCUCCUUCAUUAACAACAUUUUCACAUGCAGUCUGGCAGCUUGGAAGACAUUUAUUUGUAAAAGCCUGCAACAUUUCAAUACUUUUCUUAAAACCAUUAGUUAGUGCAUGUUAUUUGCAUUAUAAUGACCAUUUUUAUGUAUACAUUGUCAUAACGUUAACAUCAUUCAAAGUUAUUGUCUGUUUUUACCUGAGUUUUUAUUACUCUUUAAUUUAAUAUUGUUUUUUGUAUCAGUAUGCUGCUGCUGGAUUAUGUGAAUUUCCCCUUGGGAUUAAUAAAGUAUCUAUCUAUCUAUCUAUCUAUCUAUCUAUCUAUCUAUCUAUCUAUCUAUCUAUCUAUCUAUCUAUCUAUCUAUCUAUCUAUCUAUCUAUCUAUCUAUCUAUCUAUAAAAUAUAAAAAAGGUUGAUGAAGUCCUACUCAAAGGAUUGAAGUAUUCCAGAUAUGUGUGAAUGUUUUUGCUAGGAACCUGUGAAUUUUGUGUAGGGGUCAGAAUGACAUACUGCAGACAGCUGAACGCAGAAAUAUCAUGCAGUUUAAACUCACUGCAGUUUUCUUGCUUCCUUUGGUGUGACUCAGGGUUCUGCCCAGGGUGUGCGAUGGGUGGGCUGAGAGAAAGCAGCAACUCAAACAGACAUGACUCCCACCCUGGUAACAUAUCACAGCUGAAGCAAUGCAGAAGAACCACCCAAGUGACACCCUGAGGCCAAACUCUAUAGACCUUGUGCUUGUAUAGUCCUCUGGUCCAGGAAAAAUCAAAAAGCCAUUCUUUUGAAAAUUGCAUCAUCUCUGCAAAUAUGCAUGCUGUUCAUUGCUUUUUAUGAUUUUGUACUACAGUAUUUAUAUAUUAAUAAAAUGUAAGUAUGAAUUUUCUCA